AUGGGUGAUCAAAUGGAGGUGGACACGCCCACAAAUGUGGUCCAGGCUGGGAAGUCGAGUGUGCAAGCUUUAUUGCACCCUUUGGUUCUGAUCGAUGUGGCAGACCACGUCAAUAGGUUCAGACUGCAAAGCACGCCUAAGGAUACCUUCACGGCAG